UACAAAUAUCAAUAAACAUAUACCUAUUUCAUUUUAAGUUCUAAAAGUGUACACUAGUUCAGCGACGGAAGACAGACCUAUACAUACAAACAGGGACUGUACAAGUGUUUGUAAUUGAUUUAUUAUACAUAGCAACAGCAUGGCACAGUAACACUGACAGACAACUAACCGUGCUUGGGAAAGAAUUAGCAAGCACUAUUAAAAUUCAUACGUACUAAAAUUAUAAAAUCACGAGAAUUAUACGAAAAUGUCUCAGCAUUGGCAUGGCAAUUGGACAGAAGAUGCGUUUGCUCCAAAAAGAUUGCGAAAUUGGGAAAUUCCUAAAUGGUAUCCUAACUGGCCAGAUAGACAUUGUGUCACGACGAAAUUUAUCGCGGAUAAUAAUGGACGUAUGUUAGACAAUGCUAAAAGAGUUGGACAUUUGCCAUGGGAAACAUUUAAAGGCACUUGGAAUUUGCCAAAGAAAAUUACUGCAAGUAUCGCUAAAGAAUUAUCAAUAUCAUCUCAAUAUAAAAAAGAUUUAUGGAAACAGCACAAGAAGAAACAUGAGAAUUUAUGUAAGAAGGUAAAACACACAAAUAAGAAUGGGAAAUAUAUAUAUAAUGAGGAAGUCAAUAAACUAUAAAAAGAUCACAGCAGAGAAAAUUAAAACGAACAAAAAUACAUAUAUAAGGGCAAAGAAUGUUAUGU